UUCCACCUCCUGUCGCUAGAUGGCGGUCAGGCAACACCUGUGCCUAGAAAGCCAUCAACACUGCAUUGCUAGAAAGGCUGGGAAGAGAGGAGAAGCGCAGAGGAACUUCCUCUUCCGGAUGACUGAUGGGAGGCAAGUGGAAUGCAGAGCGGCUUUUGUGCUGUUUCCAUGGUGGAAGCAGCAGCUGGCAGACAAAGAAGAUGGCAAUGAGCACUCUGGACAACUGAGGAUAACAAACAACUUUGAAUAGCAAAACAAGUCAGUCCAGAAAUCAAAAUAUUUUCCAUUUCCUUCAGAGAGUCCCCCAGCAGGUGAGAGAGAAAUGAGAGAAAAUCAAGAAGAGAUUUCUAACUGGAAAAAUAGAGUGUGAAAUUAAAGCAUACGUUACAUGAAAAGUCAAGGGAGAUUAUUUUUCCAUUCAGGAAAAGAGGGAAAUAUCUGGAAGUUACUGGGGAGGAAGCCACGUAGAGCAGACAGUGUUGCAGGCCUCGCUCUGGGAGGAAGAAAAUCACCAGUAAAUCAAAGCAGCACUAAAGAUAUUAUCCAUAUUUUUGACCACCUCAAGAAUAUUAGUUGUGGAAAAGAUCCAUAGACGUUUCUGUUCUGAGAAAGAUACAACUUGCAAAUCACAGCUGAUUAUGCCAGAGGGGAUCCAGACUGGAGAAAAACUGUACAAAUACUCUGAAUGUGGCAAAAGCUUUGGUCAGAACAACUCCAUUUUCUUUCAUGGAAGGACCCACAGAAGAGAGAAGCCCUACAAAUGUUCCCAAUGCGGUAAAUGCUUUAGCAAGCAUGGCAACGUGGACUCACACCAAGGAGAAACCCUUUGAAUGUCCUGAUUGUGGGAAAUAUUUCAGUCAGAAUUCCAGCCUGGUUAAACACCAGAGGACUCACACAGGAGAGAAACCAUUUGAAUGUCCUGAUUGUGGGAAAAGUUUCAGUCAAAAUUGCAACCUCAUUGACCACCAGAGGACUCACACAGGAGAGAAACCCUUUGAAUGUCCUGACUGUGGGAAAAGUUUCAGUCAAAAUUCCACCCUGGUUAAACACCAGAGGAUUCACACAGGAGAGAAACCCUUUGAAUGUCCCGACUGUGGGAAAAGUUUCACUUGGAAUUCCAGCCUGGUUAAACACCAGAGGAUUCACACAGGAGUGAAACCUUUUGAAUGUCCCGACUGUGGGAAAAGUUUCAGUCGGAAUUCCAACCUCAUUGGCCACCAGAGGACUCACACAGGAGAGAAAUCCUUUGAAUGUCCUGACUGUGGGAAAAGUUUCAGUCAAAAUUGCAACCUCAUUGACCGCCAGAGGACUCACACAGGAGAGAAAUCCUUUGAAUGUCCUGAUUGUGGGAAAAGUUUCAGUUGGAAUUCCAGCCUGGUUAAACACCAGAGGAUUCACACAGGAGUGAAACCUUUUGAAUGUCCUGACUGUGGGAAAAGUUUCAGUUGGAAUUCCAACCUCCUUGACCACCAGAGGACUCACACAGGAGAGAAACCCUUUGAAUGUCCUGACUGUGAGAAAAGUUUCAGUACCAAUUUCAGCCUCGUGACACACCAGAGAAUUCACACAGGAGAAAAACCCUUUAAAUGUCCUGACUGUGGGAAAAGUUUCAGUCAGAAUUCCAACCUCAUUAGCCACCAGAGGACCCACACAGGAGAGAAACCCUUUGAAUGUCCUGACUGUGGGAAAAGUUUCAGUCGGAAUUCCAACCUCAUUGGCCACCAGAGGACUCACACAGGAGAGAAACCCUUUGAAUGUCCUGACUGUGGGAAAAGUUUCAGUCAAUAUUUCAACCUCAUUGGCCACCAGAGGACUCACACAGGAGAGAAACCCUUCGAAUGUCCUGACUGUGGGAAAUGUUUCAGUCAGAAUUCCAGCCUGGUUCAACACCAAAGGAUUCACACAGGAGUGAAACCCUUUGAAUGUCCUGAUUGUGGGAAAAGUUUCCGUCAGAUUUCCAGCCUGGUUAAACAUCAGAGGAUUCACACAGGAGAGAAACCAUUUGAAUGUCCUGAUUGUGGAAAACGUUUCAGUGAAAAUUCUAGCUUGGUUAGACACCAGAGAACUCACACAGGAGAGAAACCAUAUGAGUGUCCAGACUGUGGGAAAGAUUUCAGUACUAAGGAUAGCCUUCUAAAUCAUACACACAGGGGAAAAACCAUUUAAGUGCCCCGAGUGUGCAUGAUGCUUCAGGAAACCUUCCAACCUUAUCGUACACAAGAAAAUCCACAUGAGGCCCAAAGUGAUGAGUGUAGACAGAGUUUGAAUUUCAUUUCUAAUGUCACAUUGUAAGUCCAGCUGAGAAAUUGUCUAUUUAAUUUGACUACAAAGAAUUUGCCUGAUUUUUUGUAGGCAAAUAUGUCAUGAUAUUAGUUAGAAAGGAAGAAAGAAAAAAUUGGAACAUACUAGUUUGAUAAAGGCUAUCUGGCCAUCAGCAGCAGAAGUUGCUGAAUAUUUAUUUUUGCAGAAAUUGUGCAGUUAUGUAAAAAUCUUUUUGGGAGUGUUCUUUGCAUUUUUAUCAUGGUAGAUGAUAGAAAUGCCACAGGCAUAGUCCCAGCCUUUUUUUUCCCUGGGUGCCCCCGAGAUUUUCAGCCCCAGAAUUCCCCCAGCCAGCAUCUCUUUGGGAUAGGAGCACUCAGACUAUAGUUAAGAGAUUGUGGCUCCUCAUAUAAUAGAAAUAGUACCUUGACUUAUUUACCGCUUCACAGUGCUUUAUAGCCCUCUCUAAGUGGUUUACAUAGUCAGCAUAUUGCCCCCAACAAUCUGGGUCCUCAUUUUACCGACCUCGGAAAGAUAGAAAGCCAAGUCAACCUUGAGCCGGUGGGAAUUGAGCUGCCAAACUGCGCCACCAUGGCUCUUAUGAGGAGAAAGUGAGCGUAGAGUGGAGGGAUUCAAAAUUCUUCUUUUCCUAACUGUUCCAGGAAUUCAGCGCACGAAGCAUGUCUGUUCAGAUUGUGUCAAGAAUGAGGCACGCAAGUGGAAGAAACCACAUGAAUAGCAAAUAUUUUGGGGGAAUUUGGGGCAGUGACAAAACCAGUGUAAAAUUUCAGAUGUAAAGGCUGUUCUGCCCUGCAGGUGACCUUCAUGAAGAAGAGCUGUAGAAAUAGUUGAGGAGAAAAGGGAUUGUGGUUUUCAGCACAGGAUCUCCAGGUUUAUUCACAACUCCUGCUGUGAUCUCCUUUGUUUUUAGGGGCCUCCUUGUUAAGACUUUGACAGCUGGGGCCUGAGAGCAGCACCAAGGGACUGAUACUUUUGUGGUUCUCCCCCCUUGGUGGGGAAAUGUGAGAAAAAAAUUGUACAGUAGAUAAUCAAGCAAAAUUAAAUGAAGCCAAUCUAAGAGUCAGAGGGGAUGGUCUAUAGAGCGAGGUCAAAAGCCAUAAAUCCCCACUCAGACGAACAGUCCAUUUCCUCAGAAUUAAAAGUUGAAGCUCAGAUUGAAAGGUGGAAAGUAGGUGUUAUAUUUGGAAGAUACUGGAUCUUAAAAACUGCAGCCUUGAAUUUGGGGCUGGAGUAGCAGGAACAGCUGCAUGGAUAGAUUUUUUGGGGAGGAAGAAAGCUCAGUUUGGUGGUCACCAGGCUACAGCCUGAGAGACGCUUAUUUCCGGUCCUGCUUUAGGCACAAAGCCAUCUCAGAGGCCCUGGCCUGUCCCGUCCGCUCAGGUCUUUGAAGGGAAAUCUGCUUACAAAAAAUCUUGCCAAGGAAACUGCAGAGAAACGGGAGUGCAGGAUAACUCCCCAAAACCUACUUUUGCAACUUUGGAGAGUGAAGCCUGACCUACUUAGCUUCCCAAGAUUAGGGACGUGUUGUGCCAUAAAUAUUUAUGAAGUUCUUGUUUGUAUGCACAGCUGCUAAAUUAUUUCCAGCUUCAUCCUAUGAAUAGAAUAAUGAAACCUGGAACAAUAACAAUAACACCCACCUUCCAAACCACAUCUAGAUAGGAGAGAUUCUUUCUGUCUGCAUCCUUGCAGAGCCUAAAUCUCACUUGGGGGAAGACUUGCUCUGAGCAGCCUUCCCAAUCUCCACAGGAGUUAGCUUUAUUAUUCCCAAACAGUUUGGGCAAAAGACUUGGAGAGCUAUACUUUCCAGAAAGCUGAUGUAUAGAUUUCUGCACUUUCUUAGGGGUGACUCAAUGGAGAUCAAAACCUCUCUACAUCCCCCAAACUUUAUGACUGAUUUCCUGUGUCUGCCAAGGAUUUAAGACCCAGGAGAAUCAGUGGGUCAGAGGCUCAAAGGGAGCCAGCUUCAUUCCUGCUGCCCAGAGAUGCUUCCAAGCACACCCAUGCUAAAUGCCUUGUGCGUCUGUAACUUUGCAUACACAGAAGUCUCCAUUAGGUCAAAGUGAGAAAGUCACAUACCCAGCAGGGCUGGAAAAGGGGGUUUAACAAGAGGAGAUGACUGCCUGUAUAUGGUAAGAGCAAUGUUUCCAAAAGGCAUUUCCAAGGGCUGGAAAAAAGAUUGGUAAUACAGAUGUUCAUGCAACAAUGUACCACUCUUUGUUUGAUACCCAUUCCUUUUUUUAAAUUCAAUAUAUUAAUCUAAUAAAAUAUACAAAAUCCUUGCCAAGGAAACUGCAAGGCCAGGCAUCAAGACUGACUCUUUGUUUGAUACACAUUCCUUUUUUUAAUUAGAAAAUUUAAUCUAAUAAAAUAUAUAAAUCAAAUAAAAACAAAGAAUGGAUAGAGAGAAGCAGGAAAGGAAUCGAAAAAAGAAAAAUAUAAUUGCACCUUCCUCCUUUUUCUCUGUUGAGAAAUUGUCAUCACGCAUUCUUAUAUAGAAAUUAUCUCUGCUCAGUUGACCAGAAUAAAAACUUCCUUAGAAACGGAUCCUGGCCUGAAGUCCAUUCCUCAGAGAAAUCCAGUCCAACAUUUCCCUUCCACAUUGCUCGUAGGAACAGGGAGAUUUUCUCAAUGUACAGGUAGCAAGCAGUAACCAGAUCCUCAUGGUUGAAUCCCACAUAAGGACUUAAUGGGCCAGGUGGGAUCCCAAGGAAUGAGACGGGACCAGCAAGCCAUGUUUUUCAUAGCUUGCUUCCCAGGGAUCUCAUAUCCCACAGCAGAUGUACAACAGGAGCGCACACAUACAGAUUCACUAUAGUUGUUGGGACCCACCAAACUUCUUCAAACAGAAUUUUACUGGAACUAAUAAAUGUGAUUUCAGAACCAUUGUAACAUACUGUAUGUUUCAAAGUCCUUGGAGCACGGGGGAACUAGAGGUAGUCCUCAACUUACAAUAGUUAAUUUGGUGACCGUAGUUACGAUGACACUGAAAAAAGUGAUUUAUGAUCAUUUAUCACACGACCGUUGUAGCAUCCCCCUGGUCAUGUGAUUUACAUUCAGAUGUUUGACAACUGACAUUUAUGACAGUUGUAGUGUCCCGGAGUCAUGUGAUCCCCUUUUGUGACAUGCUAUCAACCAAACUCAAUGGGGAAACCAGAUUCACUUAACAACAGUGUAACUCAUUUAACAAUGGCAAUGAUUCAUUAACAAAUGUGGCAAGAAAAGUCAUAAAACGGGGCAAAAUUCACAUAACAAGUUUUUCGCUUAACAACAUAAAUUUUGGACUCAAUUGUGGUUGUAAUUUCAGGACUACCUGUAACUGAGGACUGGAAAAGAGCUGAUAGGGUCCCCAUCUUCAAAAAGGUAAAAAAUAUGCAGGAAUUUACAGACAAAUCAGCCUGACAUUAAUAUCUGGUAAUAUCUUGGAAAACAUAUCCAAGCAAAAAAUCUGUGAACACCUAGAAGCAAACAAGUUACAACCAUUAGCCAACAUGGGUUGAUCCAGUGGUGAAAUCCUCCAUGGAAAAUAAUUUCAUUAUUUGACAAAGUGACUAAAUUAGUGGACCAGAGAAAUGUUGAGGACAUAGUAUACUUAGUUUUCAGUAAAUCAUUUGAUUAAGUAGAUCACAACCUACUUCUUUGCAAGGUAAAAAAGUGUGAGCUUGAAUAGUGGCCCCUAUCUAACAAAAUGAUAUUCAACAAAGAUAAAAAUAAAGUUUUACACUUCGACAAGAAAAACCAAUUGCAUAGGUAUAAUUAAACUAGGUGAAACCUGGUUUAAUUCCCGUAACUGUGAGAGGGAUCUUGGAGUCCUAGGGGAUAGCAGGGUGGAUUUGAUUUAAAUCAAACUGAUUUAAAUCACCAUUUAAAUCACCAUUUAAAUCGCUAGUCAGUAAGGCUUGAUUUAAAUCAUAGUUUUCUACAUAAAGACUAAUUCUUGCUGGUAUAACUUUAAUAUGCAAGUAGAUGAAGAUUUUUAGAAUAACAACUUUUCAUAUUAGUUUUUUUAUCCCCAGUUUAAUAGGUUAAUCAUUCAUAUUUGGACAACUUUUCUGUUGUACUUAGGAAUCAUUACCUUAAUAAUAACAAUUUAAAUAGAUUUAUUCAACUGAAACAAUAACAUUACAGCAUAUGUUGUUUGCUUAAACAAACAUCCAUGUUUGUUAACUAAUUUGGCUAAACAAAAUAUAUAUAUUUUAAGAAACUUAGACUGUCAGCCCAGCCUACACAUGAAAAGCUUAAAUACUGUCCUCUGUAGCUCACUCGUCAUCUUCAUCUUCUUCUUUGUUCAUAAUUUGGAAAAGAAAAACAAGCUUUCCUGCUUUAUCGGGUCCCAAACGAUUUCUCAAUUUAGAAUGAGUCCAAAGGAAGAGAAUAUUCUUUCAACGCCUGCAGAAGAAGCUACUGCUGUUAAAAGUGAAAUCAUUACUUGAAAGUCUCUAAAUCCAAAUGCUUAAGUGACUUCCACCAGUUCACUGGUGUGACUUUCUUUAAAAUAUCUUCAGCAAACAUAUAUUUCUUGAAUGGUUCCCCCUUAGCUUUGAAGUUUAUUAUAGUUGCCAUUACAGAUGGAUGAUUGCUGGAUACCCAUGUCAUAGCUAACUCCUCUUCCUCAGCACUUAAGUUUUGACCCUGAUACUGGAUAUUGACAAUAUUUGCCAAAAAAUGAGCUGGAGACAGUACUUGUCCCAUUUGUUUUUUUAAUGCUUGUAAUUUAAUUCUGGCCAUGUGUAGUUCUGUUUUUAAGUGUUCACUCAGUUCCUUCCAAAUUUCAACAGCAUCAGCAAUAAAACAGCUAUUUUUCUGUAUUUUGUUUAAAGCUUUAGAGAUGGGUUUCAGGAUGCUUAGCAUAAGUUCAACAUUUCUCUUAAACCCAAUGUUGAGGAUUUUGGCCGUGACAGUGCCAUCUAUUUUAUCUCGAUUUUCUUCACAAACUGUCAUCAGAAUAGGCCAGUUCUUGAUAUACUGCUCAAAACAGUCCACCACAGAGUUCCAUCUAACAUCUUGUGGGAGCGUUAGCUUGGUUCCACCCAUCCUUUUCAGAGCUGCUGCAGCAAAAUGAUUGUUACGGAAGUAUUUAGCAAUUUCAACAACAUUAGUCUUUAUUUCUGGAACACUUAAGUCUUUGGCUAAGAGAUGCAGCAAAUGAGCACUGCAACCAUAUGUUAUUAGCUUUGUAUUUCCUUCCUGCUCUUCUAAAUUUCUUCUCAUCUUGGAUACAUUUGCAGCAUUGUCUGUGACCAAACUGCGUACUAGACAUUUGAAUUUUUGUUCACAUGUUAUUAUAGCUUUUACUGCCACUUCUUGUAAGUAUUCUGCUGUGUGUGCAUUUCCUGACGUAUCAAUUGUUUGUGCAAGGAAGACUUUCCUUUCUUCUGUUGCUACAAGCACAUACAAUAGGGUCAUUGUGGACAUUACUCCACCCAUCAAUACUUAGGUUAACAAUUCUACCCUCCAUAGCUGUUGCACAUUGCUCCAUUUCUCUGUCAUACACUUUAUCCAGCAGUUUCCCUGCAACAUCUGCUCUGCUGGGUGGACUGUAUCCUGGUCUCAGUGACUGAACCAUAUUAAUGAAAUGUGGGUUCUCAGUCAGACGGAAAGAAGAGUUCGUUGCAUAAACAAACUGGGCAAUUUUUUCAUCAAUUAACUCUUUUUCUAAUCUGCUAGUUUUUAUCACAAACUUAUCUAUGGUGGUUCCAGGAGGGAAGGGUUUUUUCUUUCUUUUAGGUGAUAGAGAUAUGUGGCUGUGGGUGUCUGAUGAUGAUGAUGCUAAUGAAGCACUAUCCUGGAUGGAUAACUCUGAAACUGUAGAACAGGAGGAUGGUGAUCUUGAAGGUGGAUAGUUUCCAGAAUCCAUGAAUUCCGCUAAACAAAAAAGUCAAUGCUGUUAUUUUAUUGUUUAUACAAUUUCUGCUUAUUGUACACAGCAGUACCCCAAAAGGAAUAUUUGCUUUUCUUCAUAACUGUACCAAAUGACAGUAACAUGCAGUAAUAAUAAGAAAUAUAAUUUUGCUUACCAACUUGCCUUACCGAUAGGUAAAGGAACUUCAUUAAAGUAUUGCCAAACUGGGUCUCUUCUACGGCCUGCUGCCAUUAUAGGUUUUUUCCUCCAAGGAAAGAAUGUGAUAAACCUCAGGUCAUACACACAAAAAGAUCCAAAGACCUGUCUGUCUGUGGCUGUGCAGUAUUGUGCUCAGAAAGUUUCACUUUCAUUUUGUAUUGCUUGUCUGCUUGCCCCUUCCUCUUCACAUUUAGUUUCACUUUCUUCUUGUGCAGAUCUAUUCCACUCCAAACAAUCAGAAAAAUAUUGUUUCUAUUCUAUUCACUGAACUUCUUGAAACUUAGCACUGAAGGGGUUGAUUCUGUAUUCAUAGGUGUUAUGUAUGUAUCUAAUUUGUGCGGGAAAUUCAAAUGUACUGUGAAUUCUGAUUGGUUCUUGGUCGCCCCUGAAAAGUAUAUAAAGAGGGCUGUUGCCUGUGUUCCUUUGCUGAAGUCUCACCCUGAAUUAAAGAGCUAUUAUUACUAGCCUGCUUGUGCCUCUCGUUAUUCCCACGCUACAACAUUGGCGAUGAAGGUGGGAUAGAGGACACAAGAGGCAAUUCAAAAAGAGCUUGGAGUUUCAGCCAGGGUGACUAGCAAACACGGAGACACGGCAUGUCUGCCUACGUUCCGCCAAAACCCUUCGACCCGACCUGAGAGAAAUGGGGAUCGUAUCUGACCAAGUUCAAGUGCUCCCUGGAAGCGAGUGAAAUGCAAGGGCUCUCAGCGAACAGAAAAAGGGCUCUGUUCUGCGGGCUAGACGUAUUCGAGAUGGCCGAAUCCCUCUGCGAGCCAACCCCAGUCAAGACGGUUCCCUGGGACGUCCUUCAGGCCAACCUGAGAGCCCACUACGCUCCAGUUCCAUCUAAAUUCGUUCAGCGCUAUGAACUCCGGCAACGAGUUCAAAAAGAAGGAGAGCCGGUCAGUGCUUAUGUGGCCGCGCUCCGUAAAGCCGCAACACAUUGUGACUACAGAGACUUAGACGACGCGUUACUUGAACAACUGAUUUGCGGGGUUCGAGAUACCCGGUUACAAAGGCGUCUUCUAGCCAAGCCAGACCUAACGCUAGCCGGCGCGCUAGACGAAGGCCGAGCACACGAGGCAUCAACGAAAGCUUUGGAGGCGCUGCAGCGACCCAGUUCAAGCAAAGACGGGCCAAAAACAGCCCCCGUCCACAGAGAAGAGGUGCGAACCAGCACAGAGGAAGAGUCGGACGAGGACGUCUUCCAUACAGAAAAGAAAUCGAGCGAACAAAGCCGCCGCCACGAGAACUGCCCCAGCUGUGGCGGGGAUCACGAGAGACAUUCAUGUAAAUACAGAGAAGCCAUUUGCAGGUGUUGCGACAGGAAAGGCCACCUAGCACGAGUUUGCAGAGCUCAAUUUCCGCGUAGUCGAAAGUCACGUGACUACUGCGACCAACCAGAACCGGUUCGUUCAAAACAGCCAAUCAAAGAUGAUGGCGUGAGAAAACGGCGCGAACCUCAAAAGCGGGAGACCUAUAGCACGAGAAUCGGCCAAGCCAGCACAACCGACGAUGAGAAAGUCUACACGAAAGUAGAAAUCCAUGGCAGAUCAUGCGAAAUGGAAAUCGACACCGGGUCUACGUUAUCGAUCAUGUCCUGGUCAACACUCAAGGCACUCCUGCCCAAGCUUCAGAAGAACCAGCUGUCCCGUCAGAAAAUCCGCCUACUCGACUACCAGGGAAACUGAGUUCCCGUUGAAGGCGUGGGCACGUUCUGGGUCACCUACGGCAAGUUCCAGAAAGAGCUGCCCCUGACCGUCGUUAGCAAGCCCCUAGCAAGUCUACUGGGCAUGAAAUGGUUCCGGGCCCUCGGCAUGGGCUUCACGGGCGUUCACAGCAUCAGCGGAUCAUCACUUAAAGAAACCCUGCUCCACGAGUUUCGGGACGUUUUCGAAGAGACUCUAGGCAAGUACGUGGGGACCCCUAUAUCCUUUAAUUUAGACCCCAACGUAGCGCCAAUCAGACUGAAAGCAAGAGGAGUUCCAUUUGCUUUAAAGCCCAAAAUUGAUGCGGAGUUCGACAAGCUCAUUAAGCAAGGGGUGCUAGUUCCCGUAGAUCACGCUAAGUGGGAAACCCCGAUAGUCACACCAGUCAAAUCGGAUGGCUCAAUUAGAAUUUGCUCCGACUAUAAAUGUUCGAUUAACAAGGCGUUGCAGCAGAGUGCCUAUCCGGUUCCGAUAGUCUACCAUCUACUACACUCCCUGGGGCCUGGCAAGCUAUUUGCAAAACUAGACCUUGCGCAGGCGUACCAGCAACUGCCAGUAGAUGACGCUACGGCAGAAUCACAGACAAUAGUAACUCACAGAGGUGCCUUUAAAUGCACCAGGCUUCAGUUUGGGGUCAGCAUCCCCCCAGGACUCUUUCAAAGCACAAUGGAGCGCCUACUACAAGGCCUCCCAGGUGUCGUCCCAUAUUUCGACGACGUUUUGAUUAGUGGCCAAGAUGAGACUCAGUUAGGCCAGAGGGUUAGACAAGUCCUAACGAGGUUCAGAGAAGCGGGACUUAAACUCAAGCGUACAAAAUGCAAGAUAGCGGUUCCAUCAGUGGAAUUCUUAGGCUACAGAACUGACGGCAUAGGCAUUCACCCCACAGAAAGCAAAGUUAGGGCCAUUCAAAGCUCGCCCACCCCCAAGUCAAAAUCCAAACUGCAGGCUUUCCUGGGCCUUCUCAAUUUCUAUACAAUGUUUUUGAAACACAAAGCCACCGUUGCGGAGCCUCUGCACAGGCUCCUUGGAAAAAAUGUUCCGUGGGUUUGGGGCAAGCGAGAAGCGGCCACAUUCAACGCAGUAAAGAGACUUUUGUCUGAGGACAGUUUCCUCAUCCAAUACAAUGCCGAACUACCUCUAGUAUUGGUCUGUGAUGCUUCCCCCUUUGGUGUAGGCGUGGUUUUAAGCCAUAGACUGCCGAAUGGGUUAGAGGCGCCCAUCGCCUAUUACUCUCGCACUUUGUCUAGUGCUGAAAGAAACUAUAGCCAGCUAGAUAGAGAGGCACUAGCGGCUGUAGCUGGGGUCAAAAAGUUUCACGAGCAUUUGUUUGGCCGCACUUUUGAACUUAUUACGGACCACCAACCUCUUUUGGGACUUUUGGCUGGAGAUAAACCGACCCCGGCUGCUCUUUCCCCCUGGAUGACCAGAUGGUCCAUUUUCUUAGCCGCGUACUUUUACAGACUGCUCCAUCGGCCGGGCAAAACUUUAGGACAUGCUGACCCCCUCAGUCGAUGCCCCUUGCACGAACUGCUGGACAACCCGACCCCGGAAGCCCCUGUUUUACUGAUUGGCAUUGUUUCCCCGGGCCCCAUUUCUUCAAACGAGGUGGCGAGGUUUUCUGCCAGAGACUCUGUUUUGUGCACUGUAAUGCGCAAUGCGCUGGGUAACGAGGGGUUGGCCUACCAAGGUGGACGGUGGUGACUUUCAAUUGUACUUUAACAAAAAAAAUGAACUGUCAAUGUUGGGGGGUUGCUUGUUAUGGGGAGACAGGGUGGUCAUUCCUUCGCAGUUAAGGCACAGAGUUUUAGAAAUUCUGCAUGAGGGACACCCUGGUAUUGUGCGUAUGAAAGGCCUAGCUCGUAGUUAUGUUUGGUGGCCGCAUCUCGACCAAGAUGUCACUGAGUGGGUGGGGAAGUGCAGGCCCUGCCAGGAGUCCCGCCCAGAUCCGCCCAUAGCUCCCGUUCGUGAAUGGGAAAAACCAAAGGGGCCAUGGGGGAGGAUUCACAUCGAUUUCGCUGGCCCGUUCCACGGCGAGAAUUUUCUUAUUGUAGAUGCAUAUUCUAAGUGGCUCGAAAUUGUCCUAAUGCCAUCUACCACUUCUAAGGCCGUAAUCAAAGUACUCAGAAAACUAUUCACAACACACAGGUUGCCGGACACCCUGGUAUCCGACAAUGGCCCCCAAUUCAUGGCAACUCAAUUUGAAGGCUACCUAGCCAAAUUAGGCAUAAGACAUGAAUUAUCCGCUCCUUUUCAUCCGGCUUCUAAUGGCCUUGCAGAAAGAUUUGUAAGAACGGCCAAAGAAGCUCUUUCCUGGCUUGAUGCAGGGGAUUGGCAGGCUAGAAUAGAUGAGUUCUUAGCGGUACAGCACGCCACCCCGUGCCCGACCUCAGGCCGCAGCCCAGCCAAGCUCUUAAUGGGCCGAAAGUUAAAAUGCGUUCUCGACCGACUGCAUCCCAAUUACUCCCCCGAUAGCUUCAAGGGGGAAGUGGGAGGACUAAGACAAUUCCAGGUGGGAACACCAGUUUUUGCUAGAAGCUACACCAAUGGGCCCUUAUGGGUAGAGGGAACCAUCGUAGGAAUUACCGGCCCAAAGUCAUAUACAGUCGAUAUAGGGCAUGGUAAAAUCUGGAGGAGGCAUAUAGAUCAAUUGCGUAAACGUUUACAAAAUGAAAACUCAUGUCCUAACUAUCAAGGUCUUCCUGACACAGCUACCUCAAGCCCGAGUAAGCCGGAAUACUUAUCUGGCAACCCUGAGUUCCAGCGCCGCCCCAGUGAGUCGACACUCCCAGCCGGAGAUAGCCACACCUCCGGAGAAAUCCAGGAGGUUCCAUUGGCGGAGCCGGGAGAGAAGGGAGGUCCCUCCGACCAGCUCGACGCCUCGCCAACAACUGAACUGCGCAGGUCAACCAGGAUUAAGACACGCCCUGGUCACCUGCGUGAUUUUGUAUGUAAAUAUGUAAAUAGAUAGAAUAAGUGCCUUCUGGGAGUGGAGGGGUGUUAUGUAUGUAUCUAAUUUGUGCGGGAAAUUCAAAUGUACUGUGAAUUCUGAUUGGUUCCUGGUCGCCCCUGAAAAGUAUAUAAAGAGGGCUGUUGCCUGUGUUCCUUUGCUGAAGUCUCACCCUGAAUUAAAGAGCUGUUGUUACUAGCCUGCUUGUGCCUCUCGUUAUUCCCGCGCUACAACAAUAGGUUUGUAGAACAAUAGGAUUAAGGUCUUUUUCUCAACUCUGUUCAUGUUAUAACAUUUUUGCUGUGAAGAAGAGACAUGUGAUCUCUGCUGAGUCAAAUUCAGUUUUGAGAACUGCAAAAGUAAACCAAGCAUCUGUGAUAAUAUCUUGUAGGCAGAGAAACUAUCUAUCCCACUUUUUUCUAGCUUAUGAAGAAGUAGGUUGUGGUCUAUUCUGUCGAAUGCCUUGCUGAAGUCUAAGUAUAUUAUGUCCACAGGAUUUUGCUGGUCUACUAAUUUAGUCACUAUGUUGAAGAAUGAAAUAAGAUUGGUUUGGCAUGAUCUGUUUUUAACAAACCUGUACUGGCUGCUAAUUAUUACUUUACUCGUUUCUAGGUGUUGGCAGAUCUGUUUCUUUAUUAUCUUUUCCAGUAUCUUCCCAGGUAUUGAUGUUAGGCUGAUUGGUCUGUAGUUUUGGUCUGUUUUUUUCCCCUUCUUGAAGAUGGGAACCACAUUAGCUCUUUUCCAGUCCUUUGGUAGUUCCCUGGUGUUCCAGGAUUUUUGAAAGAUGUGAUGCAGUGGUUCUGAGAUGACAUCUGCCAGCUCCUUUAGAACUCUGGGAUGUAAUCCAUCAGGUCCUGGUGAUUUGUAUUCAUCAAGAUCAGACAGGUGUUCUCUUACUAUUUUUUUGUGAUUGGCAGCAGCCAAAAUUACCAAUACAAUCCCAGGCUGCAUUAAUAGAGGGAUAGAAUCAAGAUCACAUGAAGUUAUAGUACUGCUUCACAAAGCCUUAGUAAGACCACACUUGGAAUACUGCAUCCAAUUCUAGUCACCACAAUAUAAAAAGAUAUUGGGACUCUGGAAAGCAUGCAGAGAAGAGCAACAAAGAUGAUUAGGGGACUGGAAGCUGAAACAUACAAAGAACAGUUACACAAAUUGGGUAUGUCUAGUCUGUUGGAUCCUUAUCCUACGGUUGGGUAGAUAAUAUGUACUGUAACUUUAACUGCUACAAGAUGACUAAUUGAUUAAGUGGUUAAAACAGAAAUAAAAGGAAGGCAGGAAGUUCAUUCACUCCUGCUCACUCCUGCUCGUGAUAUUACUGCUAAAGAUACUGUGACGGUGUUACAGAACUAGAACUGUAAGCAAACUUUGUUUUGUAUUGAAAGUGUUAUCUUUGUUUAUGAGAAGCCAGGUUUGUUUGUUUUACAACAAGUAAAGACUAUUUAUUUUUCUAACAA